AUGAAGCCAAAUGACACAACACUUGUAACAGAAUUUGUUCUCUCUGGUCUUUCCUCUGACCCAAACCUUCAGCUUCCUCUCUUUCUCCUCUGCUUAUCAGUGUACCUGGUAACAUUAUUGGGUAAUCUUAUGAUCAUUGUGAUAAUUAGAGUGACUCCAGGCCUGCAAACACCAAUGUACUUUUUCCUCAUGAAUUUAUCCUUUAUAGACAUGUUCUAUUCAUCAACUAUUACACCCAACAUUAUGGCCAACAUUCUCUCUGUAAACAAGACGAUUUCCAUCACUGCUUGUGCAACACAAAUGUUUCUUUUCAUUGACUUGGCAAGCUCUGAAGCAAUGCUGCUUGCUGUAAUGGCCUAUGACCGAUACGCAGCCAUAUGUAAGCCUUUGUAUUAUACCACACUUAUCAGCAAAGGAAGGUGUUUUCAACUUGUUUGCUCAGUUUACACAGCAGGAUUUCUUAACUCAUUAAUACACACAUAUUUUGCAUUUAUUUUACCAUUCUGUGGGUCAAAUCAUAUAAAUCAUUUCUACUGCGAUAUCAACCCCAUCUUAAAGCUGUCAUGCAAAGAUACAUUUCUUAAUGAGAUUUUCUUAUUUGUUGUUGCUGGCUCUAUUGAAGUGGGCUCUUUCUCGUGUAUACUGAUAUCAUAUGCCCAUAUUUUAUUACCAUUAUUUAGGAUUGGCUCUUCUAGGGGUCGGAGCAAGUCUCUUUCCACCUGUAUCUCUCACUUUACUUGUGUAGCCUUGUUCUACUUCCCAGUUUUCUUCAUGUAUUUACGACCAACUUCUGCAUACGCAGUAGACCAGGACUGGGUGCUGGCUCUGUUCUAUACAGUGAUCAUACCAAUGUUGAAUCCCAUCAUCUACAGCCUGAGAAACCAAGAUGUAAAACAAGCUUUGGCAAAGCUGAGAUUCACCAGUAUUUUCAUAUUAUUUAGGGUAAACUGA